GGCAGGCAUGUUCAGACACGUCACUAAGAGGCACCACUUGUGGUCAGGCAAAAGCGUUCCCGUUUCCUCUUUCAUCACCUUGUCCCAACAGAGCCUGCGGGCGCGCUUUGCGUUCCGAGCCCCGCGCAGGGACGGGGAGGAGGACAGCACCUGGAGAGUCCACCGGGAAAGGAGAAGCCAUGCGCGGGAGAGCAUGUAUAUAUCUAAGAAGGCGUUAAGAAGACACUUUGAUCCCCGCGUAUAUCCGCGCGAGACAUACCUCCUAUGUGAGCUGCAGUGGGAGGGGAGUAGAAGGGUUUGGAUACACUGGAUCAGAAAUGUCCCCGAUCACCAUGCGGAAGAGUACUUCCUGGAGGAAGUCUUCGAGCCAAGAAACUACGGUUUCUGUAACAUCACCUUGUACCUGUCCUGGAGCCCCUGUUGCACAUGCUGCAGUAAAAUACGGGAUUUCCUGAAGAGGAAUCCCAAUGUGAAAAUAGACAUACGCGUGGCGCGGCUCAUCUACCCAGACUAUGCAGAAACCCGCAGCAGCCUGAGGGAACUUAACGGGUUGCAGAGAGUAAGCAUUCAAGUCAUGGAAGCUGCAGACUAUAGUUACUGUUGGGAGACCUUUAUACAAAGAGGUGUCUGUUAUGAUUUCUUCCCCACGAACUUUGAAUCAGCGAUACGGAGAUAUCGUUCAAUACUCAAAAAUAUCCUUACGUGUCUCACAAAUGUUUUCUACACAGGUCCUUCCUCCAGAGAGAACAACCAAGGGUGGAAGUUACAGCCAGAAGACUUCCAAAGAAAUUAUUCUCCUAACCAAAUUGGACGGGUGGUAUACCUGCUGUAUGAAGUCAGGUGGAGAAGAGGUUCCAUCUGGAGGAACUGGUGCUCGAACAAUCCUAAGCAGCAUGCCGAAGUCAACUUCUUGGAAAAUCAUUUCCAUCACAGGCCACAAACUCCUUGCUCCAUCACCUGGUUCCUUUCAACUAGUCCCUGUGGAAAGUGCUCCAGGAGGAUUCUGGAGUUCCUUAAGUCACAGCCUAAUGUGACCUUGGAAAUAUAUGCAGCCAAGCUGUUCAGGCACCACGAUAUCCGCAACCGACAAGGUCUCCGCAACCUGAUGAUGAAUGGAGUCACUAUAUAUAUCAUGAAUCUUGAAGAUUACAGUUACUGCUGGAGAAAUUUUGUUGCGUGCCAACCUGGAGAAGACUAUUACUGGCCCCAGAACGUUGCUGUAUACUCCUUUCUGAAUCGCAGAGAACUCUUCCAUAUCUUUCUGGGGCUUCCUUCACUUCCAGCAAACUGAAUGCCAGCGAGCAUCACUGCCAUGCUUUCAAGCUCAGUUUGUGCAUCAAUGCAAGACCAGAAAAGCCAGUCCCCGGCAGUCU